ACAUUCGCGAAACAAAAAAGAUUUUGUUUACUUAAGUUUACUACUAAGGUCGUGAAUAACUUUCUUUUAAUCUAACACGAUUACUGGAUCUAGAGCUUGUAAAUUAACUCAUUCGACCAUAGCCGAAACCCACACGAACAUCCGGACCUAUUCUGUAAAGAUUCCUUUUUAGUAUUUACGCAUGCAAGCAGAUUCAAGUCAAAGAAAACACGCAGAUCUAGAUUCUAGAUCUAUAAAUAAAUAAAUAUCUCUUUCUUAAAAUUAAGAAUUCAAAUAUUAUAUUAUAAAACAAAUAUUGUUAUUUACGUGUGAUUCUGUAAGUUGAUUCUAAAUGUAAAAAUUGAAUUCGAGGUCAUCUGUUUCUUUAAAAAUGUGUUAUAAGCUCUGGAAUUCGCCAUCAGAUUUUUAACUUCCAAAGUCAAGUUUACAUCAGAAAUUGGUAGACUCAUUCACCUCCUAAGGUGAUGAAUAGCCAAAUAACAGUCACAACAAAUGAGGUAUUUGUUGACUCUAACCAGGUGGUCGUAAACACGUGCAUAAACACAGAAAAUACAAACGUUAACACCCAACCGCCACCAGCAAAUGUUCAGAUAACAAUGUCUAGUGAUGGUACCAGUUUCCAACAACAUAAUGGAAGAGGAGCAACUCAAGUUUCUAACUAUGUAAGGAUCAACGUCGCCAGGCAAGAAUCACAAAACACGCUCACUUUCUUGCAAGCUGUGUUUGUUAUCAUACUAUCUUCAGUUUGUUGCAGCAUUUUUAUUGGACUUUACCUGAGUGUUCCUAUUUCCAUGCUUGUCAUUGGUGCUCUGUACAAAGAUGAUUGUCCGAUAGAGCCCAUGAUCCCCACGUACCUACUCCUGGCAGGAAGCAUUGGUUUUGUCACCUCCUUGAUCAGCUUGGUCCAAGGAGAGGGUAAACGAAUGUCCACCGUGGAGGUGCUUCUCCACCUGAUUCAGUUUUUUUGGUUCAUAACAGGGAGUAUUUUCGUGUACCGUGUUUAUGACGAUGUUACCUAUGAUUCUGCGAACUCCAAGGAAUAUUGCCACAAGGUCUUGUACUUGUUCGCCUUUUGGCACACCACCUGUAGUUAUAUGGUCUUAGGACUGUGUUGCUUGUGCGGGUGUGCAGCAUGCCUGUCUGAACUUUGAACUUCUCAAAAAUAUGUAAAAAAAAAUGGUGAUACAAAUUAUAUUAAGUUAUACUAAUUCAGAUAUCCAGAAUCUUCAAAUUUUACUUUUCUAAAAAAAAAUUAACACAAGCUUGUCAUCUAAUC